CAUCUUAUAAGAUCCAUCCCAAUGGAUAAGGCUGGGGAAUCGGUGAUGGUCUGGCUAAGGACUAUUGGGAAGCAAGUGUAUAGCUUGGCUACGAGACUAGCUACGUCUGUACUUGGUUUCGCUAGCCAGACCCAGACCGUUGUCUCAAACAAGACAUAUUAUCUUAUAAUAUCCAUCCCAAUGGAUGAGGCUGGGGAAUCGGUGAUGGUCUGGCUAAAGACUAUUGGGAAGCAAGUGUAUAGCUUGGCCACGAGACUAGCUACGUCUACACUUGGUUUCGCUAGCCAGACCGUUGUCUCAAUUCCAGAGAUGGAAACCCAACUGGAAAAGAGCUGUUGCAUGCUUUCGAAUAACGUUGAUGAGGCCUCUCAAGGAACUAUCUUCCAACACCAGGGGCCGCUUUAUCUUUUGACCUGCCACCAUGUAAUUCCAUCAGGAAAGAAAUCUUCUGGUUGGAGGGUCAGUAUUUACCCGGAAGAAAGCAAUGAUUUAGGCAAGGAUAAAAGCAUAGGAAAUGGCGAACGAUCCGAAGAUUCAUGUUUAGAUCUAUGUUUAGAUGAAGGCAUCGUGGGUAGAGCUAUUAGUUGCUGUGGAGAGGAUGGAAUUCUUGGGAAAUACGAACACUUCAAUAAACCGUGUCCAUUUGAUCUGGAUUUCAUUUUACUAGAGCUGAACAGUUCAAAAUUAGAGAAAAUGCGCUCCAAGUUUGUGGAUUUACGACCCAGUAUUGAUGCUAUAAAUGUUCUAGAGCGAGAUCAAGAGCCUAGUAAUUUCUUUCAAGAUAGCAAUGUGAGCUGUUUCUAUAUGAGAAAAGGUAAGUUAGUUAUUAACAAGGAGCACUAUUUUUCCUUUCCUACACUUCCCACUGGUCCACUAAAAGUAACAUUGUUGAGGGAUUGGAGUUAUCAAGUGUCUUCUCAUGAAUUUGUAAAGGAUGACGAUUCUGAUGUCUGUGGGGGUUUUUCAUCAGGUGCUCCGAUGUAUGCAACUCAUAAAAGCAAUCAACCUGUGCUUUAUGGGAUGCAUACAUGUCAUGGAGGUGAAGAAGAUGACGAUGUAAUAUCAGAUGAAUUCCUACUAGUCAAAUCAUUUAAUACAAAUUUUAUCUGGGUUCUCUAUUUAAUCAAUUUAUAUUCUAAAAAGGGUUCUCCAUAUUUUCCUGAUUUUCCUCUCAGAAAAACACCCAUGCACAUACCUCUAUUGUGGGCAGUUUUUUUGCGAUAUGAAAAAAAUACCUCAAUGCUAAAAGAGGGAAGUUUGCUUGUGAAAAUAGCUCAAGAAAUAUAUGAUGAUUUGGUUCGUUCCAGUCAUGCUCAAGCUCAAUUAGAAGGAGAAGAAAAGAAAAUGUUUGAUUUGGUCGAACAAUUUUUGACUUAUGAAGACCCAGAAAAAUCCUUUGCUAUUGGAUUAGAGGGAGCCAGUAUUGAAUCAUCUCCAGAAAGUACUUGUCCAAGUCAGACAACAGGCUUAGUCUCGCCGCAACAGUCAUUUGCCACCGAAAUGACUAGUGGAGGGUCUGGGCAACGACACUACAACAGGCUAUGUUUCAGACAUCAACAAUUCUGAUUCAGAUAACAUCCCUCCUGAAGACUUAUAAAGCUUGCAAAUAUGAAAUGUGUAAUUUUUACUGAUAAUACCACAAGACUCCAGAACUUUGUAUUUAACUAUCUUUUAUAUUGUUUAUACUGUCCACUCUUGCUUAUACUUACUUCUACCAUGCCUAGUUGUAAUUGACCAAUCAGAUUGCUCAAUUUCAAGUUCAUAAAUAACUUACUUACCAACAA